CAUCAAAGAAAGACAAAUUAAGAUGAUGAAGUCCCAGCUGGAGAUUGAAGUUAUUUCAAUUGAGAAAAUCAUACCAUCAUGUCCCACCCCUCACCACCUUAGACACUAUAACUUUUCCUUCCAAGAUCAGAUUAAUCCACCCGUUUUCAUGCCCAUGGUUCUCUUCUAUCCAAACCCUAAUCCUAAUACUAUUUUCAUGGAUCAUCAUGAAGAUUAUGAACGUCAAACUAAAUGUAACCAUCUCAAGAUUGCCCUAUCCCAGGCCUUGACACAAUUCUAUGUCCUUGCUGGCCGAGUUGUUGAUAAUUCCCAUGUCAAUUGUGAAGACCAGGGAGUACCCUAUGUCGAGGCACGAGCUAAUUGUCAAAUGUCGAAUGUCAUUCAAAACCCGGUUCCUUCUGAAAUGAAUAUGUUUGUGCCUCGUGCUCUCGACGAUGUUCAAGACCUUCCUAUGGUCAUCCAGAUCACUCACUUUGAUUGUGGUGGCUUAGCCGUUAGUGUCGCGGUCUCCCAUAAAGUGGGGGACGCCUUGUCCUUUUUCAUGUUUCUCAAUGCAUGGGCAGCCACAGCCCGGGGCGAGACCACCGGUCCACCCCCACGGUUUGAAUCCGCCACCUUAUUCCCUCCAAAAAACAUCGAUAGCUUCAAGCCCAACAUCGGAAUGGUUAAGGAAAACAUCUCGACUAAACGGUUCGUCUUCACUGCCCCAAACAUAGCUUCUCUCCGAGACAAAUAUGAGUUCCCCGCAGGGCGACCCACACGGAUCGAGGCCCUCUCAGCCUUCAUAUGGACAAGGUUCAUAUCCGCAACCAAAUCAAAGAUAUUUGAAUCCAAAAACAAGAUCCACACCAUUUUUCACGCGGUUAACCUCCGCCCAAGGGUGGACCCGCCGCUGCCCGAGAAUUACUUCGGGAACAUCAGCCGCCCCGCGAUAACAAUCCCCACGAACGAUAACAAUGAUGACGACGUGGCAAGGUGUCGGGGGAUUAUAGAGACGAUGAGGAGUGCUAUAAGAAAGGUGGGAGAUAUAGGUGAUGGUGAGAAGCAUUUGAGUUGGAUGAAAGAAAAAGGGAGAAGCUUUGUUAAAGGAGAAUUGGUGACAUUUAAUUUCACUAGCUUGUGUAGGUUUCCGGUUUAUGAGGCGGAUUUCGGGUGGGGAAAAGCCGAGUGGGCCGGGUCGGCUAGCUUGACCUUUAAGAACCUUGUUGUGUUUAUGGACACGAAAAAUGGGGGCGGGAUCGAGGCGUGGAUUAACUUGAAGGAGGAAGAUAUGGAAAAGAUGGAGGCUGAUAAGGAAUUUCUAUCCUAUGUUAAUUCAUCAUAA